AUGUUAAGAAUGAAAAAAAUAUUGUUUGCAGUCGUUUUCAUCGCAAUGUGGAAAGGCAAGUGAAUUUUUUACUUACGACAUACACAGUAAUUUCUGUCAUCUUCCUACAUUGAGACGGACUGCUGCGCGUGGCACUUAAACUGUACCCUGUUUUGGCUGUUAAGUUGAGGUCGCAUUAAUGUUAUAACUGGUGCCAAAUGUAAGGGUCCAAAAUUAAAGUAAUAAGGAACUGGUGCCUGAUGAAAUAAGGGUCAAAAUAAUGUAUUAAGGUUUACAAAUUCUAUGGGGAUAGGUCAUAAACGUAAUAAGCGAUUACUUUUGUGCUACAUGUAAGAAAUUGGUCACAAAUAUGACAAUGCUAGCAAAUGCUACAAGGGGUAGGCCAAUAUUGUAAUUAGUUUUAAAACCCCAAUAAGGGGUAGUCUAAACAACGACGACAUCAAUACAUUAAGAUUGCAGGUUUCUUUACAGUAAAAGUAAACUUUCACGAGGGGGCGUUCUCGGGCAAAUUAGAAAAAGUUUGCAAUUGCUAUUAAUCAUCAAAUUCCGCAAUUUUCAGUUUUGGUGUAGGCAGGGCGACAUAGGGCGUUGAAGCGAGUGGGGUGGAGGGAUCUACAACCCCAGACAAAACCUGUUAAGACAAAUUGCGAAAAUGCCUAUUUUUUCCUGUCAUCCUGUCAUCCUGUCAAAAACUGAAACCUCCGCCAAAUGAAUGCCCUCCUGAAAAUGAUUCGUCACUAUCGGAAGUUCUCGAGCGAUCCAUUUUGUCUGGCGAUUACGUACAAAGGUCAUUAUUUGAGCAUGCAAAGAGUCUACGGACACGUAAGCUGUAGCGUCACAGAGUAAACAUCAUCUGACAAAUCAUGUAAUCAGAAUGUGACAACUUCAAUUUUUACUAAAAAAAUCUUAAUUUCACGUUCAAAAGAAAGAAAAAGUAUGCCGAGACAAUGGCUUUGAUCAAUUUGACCAAAAAAGAGGACUAUCACUUCUUGGGGUAAUUGGUAUGAAAGUUAAAGAAUAUCCAAUGCAGUGGCAGACAACCUGUUAAGAGAAAUCGCGAAAAUGCCUUUUUGUUCCUGUCAUCCUGGCAAAAACUGAAACCUCAGCCAAAUUAAUGCCCGAUGUCGCCCCUUCCCUUAUCCAAAGUUGUUUAGGAUAACAUGGCAAUUAUACACGUUGGUUUUUAGACCAAGACAACUUUGAGUAGAGGGUGGGGAGGGGGCUAACUUUUCCUGUUUAGAGGAGACGGGAUUGGGGCGCAAAAGUUAGAAAAUAGAUGGAAUUAUCUCAACAGCUUUGUCCUGGGUUGUAGCUGUUAUUCAAGGGCUUGAAUUCGGAUACUAUUAAUACACCGAAAAAAGGAAAAUGAAAUUUAAACCAAUAAACGACGAUAACAACAACAAUAUUUUUUUUAUUCAUCUUUCCACAAAAUUUAUGAUUACUUAUAUUAUGGACGGUUCAUGGAAUCUGUCUCACCAGUAAAUCCUGAGGAAAGGUAAAGCGAUCUGCAUCCAGACUUAAUCAACCUUUGAUUAAAAGAUCUUUAAAUAUAAUUAUUAAUAAAUAUAAUUGACAAAAAUUUUCAACUAUAAAAAAAAGUGCAUGGUCCGCAUACCAUUUACCAUUAAUUUUGUCUCAUGCCGCGAUAAUUCGCUUUGAUUCAUCACCUACUUUGCAAAGUUUCACCGACGUUAGGACAAUAGAUACACAUAAAUUUCGUCCUGUCUUCGUCUAAAAGGAAAGUAUGCAAGUUAUUCACCGAAAUAAGUUCGCUGUCUUUUAUUUUUUUCACAGUACUGUAUUCUACUCAAGAAACGUCUAAGGGGUAUUUCCUUAGGACAUUCACCUCUUCACUUGUAGACGCAUAACGUGAUCUUACGUACAAUUCACAUUUAUCCAUCUGCUAAAUUGAAACCCUUUUUUACCAACUCUAACUUUUCUUCCUAGCCCUUGUGAUAUUUGCGACUAUUGAUAUAUUUGUGACUCCACUCCCCAUUACAAAUGCCAUUACAUUAGGGAUCCUUGGCACAAUAAGGCCGACGUGACGUCACGUGAUUCAAACGCUCUUUAAGCCUAAUCUUCUUUCCAAGACCCUACUCAAAAGUUGCCAGGACGGGAAUGGCAACUAGUUUUCUGUGCAUGAGCCACAGAAAAGUUUUACCUUUUUUAUAUUCUAUGGUAUUGUUUCUUGUAACAAUAUCUUUUUAAGGGUAACCUCAAUGCAGUUUAUACUCUUAAUAUUGAAAGUUGCAAACUGACUGUUUCGUUUAAUUGCUAUUUCGAAUGAUAAAUAUAAUCUCUAUAAUUUUUGUACUCAUUUCCAGAUGUGCACGCCAAUCCAUGCUUCUACAAUGUGGGUAGCUCCAAUGGGGUCAUCAGCUCCAGUUUUACCAAAAACUACUCCAUGUAUAAUUGCACUUGGAUCAUUACAGCACCAUCUAACUACACCGUCAAAUUAAACUUUACUAUAUUCAACCUCCGCGGUUAUGGUGGAAAGACCUACAGGAGCGAGAUUGAAGUAUAUGAUGGAAAGAGUAAAAAUGAUACCUUGCUGGGUAUUUUUAGAGGAUCGAGACGCCCAUUCAUCGUACAAACAAGUGGUCAAUUCAUGAUGGUAACCUUUAAAAGGUAUCACGAAGAGGCAUUUUUUAACUUCAAGGGAGUCUACUCUUCAAGCUCAAUAAAAGGUGAGCUGUAUGUACCAAAAAAAGAAUUCUAAAAUGUUCGAAGAAAAUUCAUUGGAGGUGAAUUAGGAAAAACCCAUUUGAUUAGAUUAGUUGAACCAUAUCAUAUUAAUUUAUAAUCAUCAGAAAACUCCCAAUAAUAAAGUCUAAUUUCUUCUAUAUAGGUAAAAAAUGAAGAAUGACUUUCCUACGUGACCUUGUUAUAGGGCCUCUUGAUAGAGCAAUAAUGAUGGCCGCCUCUUUUGAAGCUGCCUAGUUUUGUGUUAUUUGCUGCCUUUUUGUGUUUAAAUCAUUAAGUUUUUCCCUGUGUAAGUGUUACUGUUGGUGUCUUCCUUUUGAAACAUGAGUGCGUCAUAGAAAGGAGGAAGGAAGUAUGAUGUGUUUGACGAUAGUUCUGAAUCGCAUGUGAAGGACUGCCUGGAAACAAUUCGGCAGGAUGUCGAAACCAUAGAGAACAAUCAAGCAAAAUUCAAAGAAGACUUGAAAUAUUCCAACAAAAGCUUACUAAACGCUAUGAUUUGUGUUGAAUCAUUUGUUUGAUAUCCGUCGAUGUUUUGAUAACUUAGAAAUAGAGCAGGCUUUUCCCAGCGGCGAAAAAAAGUCACAGGAUCGAGGUCCAAAAAGCAAGAGCACUAUAAAAACCUUAAUAGUUUUGAGUUUUAUCGCUUUAAAGAAAGUUGUUUCUUUUUCUCAACUUAAGAACUGUUCUUGUGUUCUUCACCUUACUAUUUUUGGGUACUUUUUUACUAUUGCCGUGUCUAUUUGUACAUAAUUUUCCGGGAAAGAAAAAACAGAUUCUAAUAGAAAUGUUUACCACGUUCAUUAAUUUGUUUUAUUAUUCAUUCAAAAUAUUUCCCGGACUAUGACUGGCUAAAAGCACGCGCAUAAUUCACCACAACCAGCUACUGAUGACAAAGUUUGAAAGAAUUUUGCGAUUAAUGAACCGAUGACGUCAAAAGUGCAGCUUCCUAGCAGGUUAAUGCACCGUUAACUGAGAAGCCCUGGGGACGGAGUUAAGUUGUUUUGGUUGUGAAAACAAAAAAGGCGGACAUUUUGCUCGUUUCAAGAGUAAGAACUAGGCGAAAUAAUAGCUAAAAACAUGGCAAGAACAGCAAAAAGACAACUCAAAGGGCGACAUCUGCUAUUUGGAGAAUAUUUGCAGAGCUGAACAACCCUAAACGUGCACUAUCGAAGAUGAACCUAACAUCGAUGGAGGUAAGCAUGUUUUAGCUAUGUUUUAAACUACGAAUUAUUUUGAAUGAAUAAUAAAACAAUUUUUGAAUUCGGCUUUCGUACCAUAUGAAGAAUUAUGGAGAUCUCGGAGGGUGUUAUCCCUCCUUGAUCUCCAUAAUUCUUCAUAAGAUACUCAGCCUCAUUCAUUAAUUUGUUGUAGAAUAUCUGUGAACAGAAUGUAAGGGUUGUGAACUCACGCCCCCUGGACGCGUUGCUAGUCUAUCGCAGGUUUACCCCAGCAGUUUGUCGCCGGUACCCAUUGUUUAAGAGGCACAAAUUGGAGUAAAUUUCCUUGUCCAAGGAAACAACGGGAGGGGUGAAGCUUGACACACAGCCACACACGCCUCCACUGAAUUUUCCAAAGCAUGUGCUAAACAGCUUGAAGUAUCUCACGCGGUCUCUGUAAUGAUUAUUUCUCGAAGGCAAGACGUAAUGGGUUUGCCUAUGUUCCUUGUCAUUUUGUCUCCAAAAAAACGAUCGCGCUCAUUUUAUAACGAGAAGCACAAUUUUUCUCGCCAUUUAAGAUAAGUAUUGCUUAUUUGUGUUUAUAGAUAAGCCGAAGAUAAGGAUGCCGUUGUCCGUAGUACGCAGUGUACCAGAGCAUUAUACCUGGUUCAUGCUGGAAGGCACCCCACCCAUUGAAGCUUGGUUAAACAACUCAUCUACACCUUUGGAGGGUGGGCCAGUGGUGAAAGGACUUAAAUUCACUCAGACGGGAAACUAUACAAUUCUGGCAAAAAGUGAAUCAGGAAAUAGCUCCAAAACGGUUGACGUUAAAGUUAUGGGUAAGUUUUUCGUCUCAAGUUAACAUGUUAAUAUAUCCAACCAUAUUUCAGUACCAACCUGUGAUACAUGUGUUAUUUUUUGCUCAUAUUGAGCGUUUCUCCCGAUCGAACGAGUCAACUUUGUUGCUUUUGAACGCACCGAUGGUGUAUUUAUUCAAUGUAGUGAAGGCGUUUUCAAUAUGGUAGUUUUCAUUUUACAGCGUAGGUUAAUGAACACAUUUGGUUUAGAAAUCUACCCUUGCAGUUGCCUCAUCCACUUUUCGCUUGUCAUCUCUUACCUGAGACUAGAUGCAUUGAUCUCGCAGAUUGCAGUCAUUUAUGUCAGAGCAAUGGUUUUAUGAAUGGUUCCGGUCAAGUAAACAACGAUCAUGACUGCAGUGGAGACAAUGCUACAUAUAUUUGGAAGUGUAUACCAACAACAACUACUAAUUUGUAAGUGAAUCUCCUAGCUUAAGGACUCGUUAACUGCUGAUUUUAAUAAAAAUACUCAGUGGCAGUGAAUCAUGCAUCAAAAGAAUAAAAACGUUUAAAGUAAACGCCCUAAAAAUCGUUUAGCUUUGAAAAAGAGCCUCCUGAGGUCUCAAUUAAUGAAAAUUAAAAAAAUACAUUUGGGGUAAAACGGACAUUAUUAUUACUUUCAUCAUUAAAGAAGUAUACCAGUCGAUGAGGGUUUUUUCCCUUGAGUUAGUCUACAAGUUUAUACGACCUCAAUCUGAUUUUGAAUUACAGAAUGUUUGUGGUUAUAUGAUUAUUCUUCGCCAAGCGAGCGGCCUAUAAAUUUGUCGCGCCGUGUAUCGCGUGGAUCCCACAGCGACGCUCAGCGACGCAGAAACUCGAGUUGGCAAUAUUUCUAGAUAACUCUUGGGUUUCCGCAUCCAGUGUGACGUCAUGGUGCAUUUUCAACACGACUUCAAAAUAUGCGUGCGCUAUCACGUUUUAUUCAUGAAAGGCUGAUGUCUUAAUUCAUCGUCUGUUAAGCACUGUUUACUCUCGGUGAAUCGCGAUCAAUUUUCCAGACAACUGAAAGAAAACGGCAAGCACAAGACAACGGUUCAUUCAACAAGUGGCUGGGAAUCCUCGAUGGGGAAGAUUUACCAUCGCAACUCCACUGCAGCGAGAACGGGGACUUGAAAUCCAGCGCGAGCAACGAAGAAGAUGAGCUAGUGUAAAUAUAUCGAGCGGCCGUUAAGCCUGAGAGCGAGUAAACACAGAAAUAAAGCGAAAUGGCUUUGAAAUACUCGCUUAAUACAACUCCACAAGCUUCAAAUAGCGUGUAUGGCAGAGAAAAAUGCUUUUAGUAUAUUAAUCGUACGGUAAGAACUGUCCCGUGGCAGCAAGGCCCAGUGGUCUGGGAGCUGACUUCACGCACUGGAGGCAAUCAUAGUGUAGGUUCGAAUCUCGGCGUGGUUAUCUAUUUAUUGCGUUUUCUUUAUACAUUAGUUCUUCUAUUUAGUUUUCUUUUUGGACAUAUUUUUGCCCUUUGCCCUGUUUCCCUGUAUUCUCAUUGCGGACCAUUUACAGCUUCGAGAGAUUUUUGCGACAACGUAUUUCUAGUUUAACAAAUUAUACUAGGGGUACCUUCCGGCAAGUGCCAACGAGGCGAAUUCGUUUAUCUUUUGUGAAAUGUGCCUAUUCAGAUCUUCGCGAUAUAUAUAUAUCUUUUUUCAUAAUUUUAGAGGUUUAAAAUGGAUUCCGCUAUAGAAAAGGAUGGAACCCAACUUCAAAACAACAGCUUUGGCACAUUGUAUCUUUAG